AUGCACACCAAGCCCCUUGCCUUUUUCCUCUUACCUGUUUCUGCCAUUGCUGUCGCCCAGCUGGAGAAGAAGCAGUAUGAGACCGACCCCGGCGACUCUGAGUACAGCAGCAUCUAUAACAGUGUGUACAGUAGCGCUUACUAUGCCGAGCUUUCCAGUUUAGAGGCGGACAAUGCCGCUGUUGCCUCCAAUACUGCACUGGCCAGUGGCUCCAAGGGCCCUUCCGUCACUUCAUACCCAGGCCAACCUCCGGCCUCUAUCGCGUCUGUGCUUGCCACCGCGGUGCCGGAGUCAUUCCUCUCGCAGAUGGCCAAUCCCUCGGCCGCUUCGUCCAUCGCAAACGAGAUUGAGCAUGGACACUACCCCAGCUGGUACAGUGACCUGCCGUCCAGCGUCAAAUCAUGGAUUCAGAGCGAAUGCCCCAGCGAAAGUGGAUCCGAUAAGCCGAACUUCCCCGGAGCCGCUUCCCACACGGCCGUGGCCAGCAGCCUCCUUGGCGCGGCGGGGAUCUUGGCCGCAGCGGUGUUGCUGUGA